AUUCAAUCCGUGAAUUGAAGGGUUGUUGUGGUCAAACCGGUCGGUCAAACUUCCAAAAGAAGAGUCUGAAUAAAAAAAAUGUCGCAAUCCCCUGCAACAACCGCUACUCCCGCCGUUGCGACCACCUAUACGACCAUUCUCAUCUCUCCCGCCGACGUCAUUUCUCGUUCACUUCAGAAUCUCAACGCUACCGUCUCCCGCCUUCGCCCCUGGCCUGAACUCAUAGCAUCCGGAACCUUCAACCGCCCUGAUUCCUUCGCUUCUGGACUGAGCCGCCUCCGCAUUAACCUUCGCUAUUUUCACAUCAACUACGCCAUCGUCGUCUCCAUCUGUGGUGCUCUGGCUCUCAUCGGUUCCCCAUUUGCACUGAUCUUAUUCAGUUUCAUCUUCGCUCUCUGGUUGCUCCUAUACUUCUUCAGAGAAGACCCGUUAGUCUUGUGGGGCUAUCAAUUGAGUGAUCGUCUGGUUUUUAUAGGUUUGCUUCUGAUUUCUUUAUUGGCGAUUUGGUUGAGCGGCGGCUUUUGGAGUUUGGUGUUGGGGUUUGCUAUAGGGGUUUUGAUAUGUGUGGUUCAUGCUGUUUUGAAGAACUCAGAUGGGUUAUUUCCUGAUGAACAAGAGGCUCCAUCAAGAUCUUUGAUCGGUUCAGAUUUUGGAACUAGAUAUGGAACUCUUCCUGCAUCUGAUCGUGGUGAAUUUACAGUAUAGGACUGACCCGCUUCUAAAAUUGCGCCAUUGUUUGAUUCUUUCGUGAUCCUUUGAAGUGUUUGCGUGUUUCAUCGGAGGGGCUCUUAUUGUCACAGAUGCCAAAAUUUAUCUGAAAGAACUCAGAGAUUGGGAGAGGAACCAUUGCUCAGAAGAAUAGUUCCACUCAAGGUACAGUCCGGGCCCAUGACCCAACGUUUUAAUUCAGAUAUGUCUCCACCGUGAGUCCGUGACUUUCAUUCCAAGCUGAAUUAUGGCCAGGUCUUCUCGACAACUCGUUGAUAAUGGAUCUUUUUUCACAUUGAUAUCGGUAUAAAUUAAGAGAUGUUUGGUUUCACUAUAUUUUACCUUUAAGUUUUGAU